CGUGCGGUUUCAGACCGUCAUAAAUGACCUGGAUCGCACGAGGGGCACCUAUAGCGACAAUAUCAAUCUGCAAACCGCCAUCAUGUCAUUUAUCAACGCCGUGCUCAACUAUGGGCCCGGCCAAGAGAGUCUCGAGUUCCGUCUACACUUGCGUUAUGAGUUUCUCAUGCUCGGCAUACAACCGGUCAUCGAUAAACUGCGCAAGCACGAGAACGAAACACUUGAUAGGCAUUUGGACUUUUUCGAAAUGGUGCGCGCCGAAGAUGAAAAGGAGCUGGCGCGCAAAUUUAAUCACGAACAUGUGGAUACGAAAAGCGCCACGGCUAUGUUUGAUUUGCUGCGUCGCAAAUUGAGCCACUCGCCCGCGUAUGCACAUUUAUUAUCGAUGCUAGAGCACAUGCUCUUGUUGCCAUAUACUGGACCUUCCACACAGCACUGGCUGAUGUUCGAUCGCGUCGUGCAACAGAUCGUACUACAGACCGAGGGACGACCACAAAGCGAUAUCGAUCCCGAUGAUCCCAAUAAAGAGAAGCUACCCUCGCUAACACCGCGUGAUCCCGAUGUCGCGCCGCUACAAAUAAAUGUUAGCGAAAUCGUGCAAUUGCUGGUGAAAGAAGAGGAACUGACACAGGCGCGUAAACGCGCCGACGAACUGGAACGUGAAAAUUUCGAAGUUCAAUCGCGGCUCGCCAAAAAGGAACAAGAGCUGGAUCAACGUCAACAGGAAAAGGAGGAUUUGGAGACGAGUUUGGCGCGCAUGCGUGAACGUCUGGAAAAGGAGUCGGCGAAUCAUUCGCAAGCCGUACAACGUGCACAGACCGCAGAAAUGAAGGCGGAGGAUCUGCAACAUCGUCUCAUGACCGAACAACAAGAGCGCACACGUCUCGAACGGCUAGUCACCGAAGGUAGUAUACCGGACGACCAAAAGGUGGCCGGUCUUACCGGUUGCAAUGGCGCCGUAUCACCACCACCACCGCCGCCACCGAUGAAGGCAGUGCCACCACCACCGCCACCGAUGGCCGCAGCGCCGCCGCCACCACCACCAUGUCCCGGCGCACCACCACCGCCCGCCAUGGCGCCAACAAUGGCGCCGCCACCACCUAAAACUGAGGUGCCCAAAAAGAAUGUGCCACAACCUUCGAAUCCGCUAAAGAGCUUCAAUUGGUCCAAAUUGCCCGAUGCCAAGGUGCAAGGCACGGUCUGGAGUGAAUUGGACGAGUCAAAAUGGUACAAUAACAUGGAGUUGGAGUCGAUAGAUAAACUCUUCUCGGCAUAUCAAAAGAACGGCGUGGUUAAUGACGGCUCUGUGGAAGAUCUAAGAGUUAUGGGCAAGCAGCGCACAAAAAUACUCUCCGUCAUCGAUGGACGACGUGCACAAAACUGCACUAUACUCUUGAGCAAAUUAAAGAUGAGUGAUGAGGAGAUCUCCAAAGCCAUUUUGUCAAUGGACAGCAAUGAGCAAUUAGCUCUUGAUAUGGUGGAACAACUGCUGAAGUUUACACCCUCGGCUGAGGAGCGCGCUCUACUGGACGAACAUAGCGAAGAUAUUGAGUCUUUGGCGCGUGCUGAUCGUUUUCUUUACGAAAUUUCUAAAAUCCCUCACUAUGAGCAGCGUUUGAAGAGUCUUCACUAUAAGAAACGCUUUAUGAUCACGGUCAAUGAUCUGAUACCGCGCAUACGCAGUGUUAUGGAGGCAUCACGCGAGAUAGCGCGUUCGAGACGUUUACGCAAGUUACUGGAAUUGGUGCUGGCGUUAGGUAACUACAUGAACCGUGGCGCGCGCGGCAAUGCCUCUGGCUUCCGACUCGCUUCGCUGAAUCGUCUAGGUGACACCAAAUCCAGCGCCGCCAAAGGUACCACACUACUACACUAUCUAGUGCAAAUGAUCGAUAAGAAAUUCAAAGAUUUGCUCAAACUUGAGGAUGACAUACCGCACGUACGUGAGGCGUCCAAAGUCUCGCUUGCCGAGAUGGACAAAGACAUACAAAUGUUGCGUACCGGUUUAGCGGAUGUGGCGCGCGAAAUCGAAUUCCAUCGCUCUGCGGGCCCAGCACAAACGGGCGAUCGCUUUCUACCUGUUAUGCGCGAAUUCCAUGCGCAAGCUUCGGUACGUUUCGCCGAAUUGGAAGAUAAAUUCCAGGAUAUGAAGACGCGUUUCGAUCGCGCCGUGCGCCUAUUCGGCGAAGACGGCGCUGUGCUACAACCCGAUGAGUUCUUCGGCAUUUUCGACACAUUCUUGACCGCGUUCACAGAAGCGCGUCAAGAUAACGACAACUUCCGUAAGCGUCUGGAGGAGGACGAGAAACGUGCCAAACAGGAGGCUGAGCUUAAGAAACGUACCAUCGAGCGCAAGAAUAAAGAGGGUUUAAUGUCGUCGGUGGCGCGCAAUUUAGGACUUACGUCGUCGGCGAGUACGACGGGUCGCGAUUCGCCGGCGAAGACAGGCGACAACAAUAAAGGCGAGUUCGAUGAUCUAAUAUCGGCGCUGCGUACCGGCGAUGUCUUCGGCGAGGAUAUGGCGAAGUUUAAGCGCUCACGUAAGACGCGCGCCAGCAAUGGCAGCGCGUCACCGCCGCGGCAUGGACUGCAUCGUGAGGAAAGUCGCGAGCGCACAGUGCGACGACAGUGAGCGGUUUUGAGCAGCGCAAGCGCGAAGUAGUAGGAAUUCUAGGUGCCGUGUAAGCGGAAGCUUUUUGUAUUCAGAUAAAGAAUUAUCUCACUGUAAUGAUAAUGACGCAGCGCAGACUGCGUAGCAAUUAGUUAUUGAUAUAUAUGGAUAAAGAAUUGGUAGAAAAGCUAUGAAUGUGUGUAAAUUUACUGAGGCGCUUGGACGCGCCUUGAUUUUUGUAGCUCCAGUGUAAGCAAACAGCACGCGAUAUACAUAUGUACGUAUAUGAAGUAAUGCUAUUAUUAUUAUUAUGAUUACCUAUUAAAUACUAUUAUUAUUAUUAUUAUUACUAAAAGCUAUUUAAAUAUAUAUACAUAAGUUUGUAAAAAUUUAAAUUUUAUUUAUAUUCAUAAAUGAUAUAAUUGCACUAAAAUAAAUAUAACGAAAUAUAUAAUUGAAAAAAAA